AUCAACAUUGCCCUCAAGCUCUAGUAGCUCAGGAGCUACUAGUAGCGAAGAUGAAAGUGAGGUGGAAGAUAAAUCGGUUAAAAGGAGAAGAGGUAGAUCGGUUAGUAAGAGGAAAGUUAGUAGGAGCACAAGUAGCAGCAUUAACAGGUCUAGUAGCAGUAGCAGCAGUUCAA